AUGAGCGAGUCGGAUGAAAGCCCUUUGCUUGCUGAGGAUUCCAUUGUCCAGUUCCACACCAAAAGUCGAGUUAAGUCACAGACAAAGUGGAACUCAACAAAGGUUACUUUCAGCAAAGGUGUAAGAGGGGACCAUACAAGCAGAGAUGAGCUAGAAAACAGUGCUCCUGAUUUUUUCGGGAACAGCUAUAAUGCAAAAGUCAAGACAAGUAACUAUUUUUCUUACUUUGGAUUUGCUUCACUCACAAUUAUAAUAACUAUACUUAUUGUACUUCUUCUACUAACUUAUGAACUUAAGCUAAACUGCUCACAACAUGCAAAUAAAGGGAUAAGAGCAGAAAAGAGAUACCAUGCUGAUGCGAUCAAAUUCCUAGUAGCCUCUGAUUUACAUUAUGAUACAUUCUAUGAUGAGAGUGUAUCAGAGGAAAAUACUUUAUGCCGUAAGCUUGGUAAUUAUAAUAGCGCAAAGUUCAAUGCAACACUUGGAAGAGUAGGAUGCGAUUCACCAAUGUCACUUAUGACCAGCUGGCUGAAGCAUAUGAAGAGUACGCAUGAGAAGAACCCAGCUGACUUCUUGCUCAUAACAGGUGACUUCAAUGCGCAUCGAACAGAUGAAUCAUAUUUCCCACACGGCUCUGGGCGGCAAAGACUUCUCAGUAGUAUCAAAUCUAUUACACUGGAGAUCCACAAUGCAUUUCCAGACCUUCCAGUCUUCCCACUCUUUGGCAACAAUGACUUUCAGCCGCACAACACUUUGCCCUCUAAUGAGCAGGAUCAAUUUUACAGCCAGGCAUUGGAUUUAUUUCUUCCCAUGAUACUGUGUGAUAAAUGUUCUCCUGAUCGAAAUCGUCCAACAACGCAGCAAGAAUUAAGAGAGACGUUUGUGAAUGGCGGGUAUUACAAAGUGGAUAUUGCAGGUGGUCGAAUGGUACUUCUCGCAUUGAACAGCAUGUAUUGGUAUGUGGACGCGCAUUCUGAUUCUGAAUCUGACUCAACAUAUAUCCAGACGAAGGCGGCACAGCAAUUCAACUGGUUGGAAGGACAACUGGAACAAGCAAAACAGCAGGGCAAGAAAGUCAUUAUUACCAGCCACGUCCCUCUCGGGAUCGAUUCGUACAGCAACAAGCCUCUAUGGCUGGAUGACGCUACUCGUCGUUUCACAGAGCUGGUUGCCGGUCGCUACCACGAGGUUGUCGCAGCUCAGUUAUACGGACACGUGCAUAGGGAUGACAUCAGACUACAGGCCAUCCAAGGAGACGAGGAAUCUGUUAAUCGCUCAUUCGCCUUGCUCACGCCAUCCGUCUCUCCCAUAUUUGCCAAUAACCCGUCAUACCGCCAGUUCUACCUCCAUCCAGAUAAACUGGUUUUGUUGGAUUACGAUCAAUACUUCAUGGACAUUGUCAUGGCAACACAGUUCCAAUCCGCUCAAUGGCAACUGGAUUAUCGAUUUAGUAAGCGUUAUCCAUCCACAUCUGAACAAAUCGACGCCACAAGACUUAACGAGCUGAACCAAAACCUUCUAAACCAGACCAGCAAAGAGGCAUGGGUGAGGUACGCGUUUGGUCGAGCGGUAAACUACCAGACGUCGAGCUAUUCCCGCUUCAAUCUGUACUGCUGCAUGCGGUUUGUCGAGAAGGCAGAGUACGAGGCGUGCACAACCAAGUAUUAUGUACCAGGGGGUUGAUAAUAACCGGUCAUUUGGUCAGGCCCAAGUAUUAUGUACCAGGGGUAUGAUAAUAACCGGUCAUUUGGACAGCCCAAAUAUUAUGUACCAGGGAGUUGAUAAUAACCAUCUUUGGUCAUGAGAUUUGUAACACAAAGUCGGACCCAAGUAUUAUGUACCAGGGGGGUGAUAAUAACCAGUCAUUUGGUUCGGCCCAAGUGUAAUAUACGAAGGGGCUGAGAGUAACCAUCUUUGUUCAUGAAAUGUAUAACACAAAGUCGGACCCAAGUAUUAUUUACCAUGCUGAGAGUGGCCAUCUUUGGUCAUGAAAAUUAUGACACAAUAUCGGACCCAAAUAUUAUGUACCGAGGGGCUGACAGGAGCGUUCUUAGGGUGUGCAGAGAGGGGGAGAAGUGCGCAAAUAAUAGGCUUCAUAUGGAAUAAGGAUAGCAUCCGGAGGGGAGAAGCGUUCGCACCUCCUUGUACAUGCAUGCUGAGAAUAACUAUCUUUCUAUAUGAGGUUUAUAACACAAUUCCCCCACCCUCCACCACCCAAUAAACAAUGACUGUUUCCCUGAAGGCCGGUAGAAUAGGUAAAUUGCUUGUUUAUUUAUUGGUUCGUCAUCAAAAUUAAAUUAAUUUUAUAGAAUACAAUAAGUUUUAUAAAGAUUAUUUAGCUAGUUCAAACAAUAUUUUUGUUUAGUAAUGUCUGUAUUUAUAUGUUUUCUCAAACACUUAAUGUGCUCAUGGUAUGCAGAAUAAUAAUUUAGAAAUAUAGUUUUAAAUUAUACCUUUGGGAAUAGCUUAGUACAACAUUGAAUUCUUUUUGUCUGACAUGUCUACAAUAAAUGCACGAGAGAACGUAAAUUAAAUUGCAAAUGCAUUCAA